GCAGUUCUCGGAGACGGGAGAGCGUGCAGAAACGCCGAGGACGCGAAAGAGUGCGACAAUUUCUGCCGGAUGACGUAUGGCAAAGCCUCCCUGCACAACAUCCCGUGGACUCGUGGUGGCUGCUUCAAGGAGAAAUGCGAUUGUGUCUUCAACGAAGAACAACUUGGCAGAUACUCACUCCCCAAGUGUCCGGGGACCACAAAGACAUGGCUACCACUCGAGCAUCAAGUCAAUCUGGCCGAAGCUGAAUAUCAGUACCAAAUGGAUAAGACGGGCGCUAGAGCACAAUUCGACGUGUUCAAACAAACGUGGGGUAAAACGUACAAGACGAAAGCUGAGGAAGAGAAACGAUUCAUAAUAUUCCAGGAGAGUUUGGAAACAAUAAAACAACUCAACGAAGAAAGAGAGAAACGCAAAGACACCGCUGUUUUCGGAGUUACCAUAUUCGCGGACCUUACCGAGGAAGAAUUCAAGAGGAUGUACAUGGGGCCUGCUCCGGGAACUCACAAGCUUAAAAGAAGCGCGAGUCAAGUACAGCGUUUCGAGCAAGUGAAAAAGGCGUUCGGGAUACCGACGAGCCCGCCAAGAAACGUGAGCGAAUCUCCGUCGAAAAAGACGAGCAAGUCCCCGUCGAGAAAGACGAGCAAGUCCUUGUUGAGGAGGAGAAGCAGGUCUCCCGAAAGAUCGCAGAAUUUACAAACCCGAAUGAUGAAGAACCCGUUCAGGACCGGCUCGAAGAACCGGUCGCAAUCGAACUCUCCGCCGAGGAAAUCCAAAGGGAGAUCGGGAAAGCGCUCGCCCGCGAGAGGUGCCUCAUCGUUGAGCGACGGUGAGGAGUCUUGCGGCUCCCUCGGGCAGUCCGCCUCCGGAAGAAGGGGUCCCUACAGGAUGGACGAUGAUGAGGGGAACGGGAGAAGGCGGCGCCGACGCCGGCCCCAGUCGCCCCCGCCGCCCCCGCCAAUCGUCGGCCCCGACCCCCGCGGGACACCCGAGGUCGACUGGCGCGUCCCUGCCAGCCUUUACCCCCCGGUUGGAAAUCAGAAAAUAGGGGACAGGGAAUGUGGAUGUUGUUGGUCCUUUGCGUGCAUUGGUGCCAUGGAAAUCAUAUGGGCCCACCAAGAAAACGAAGUCGUCCGGUUCUCAGUACAAGAUUUGAUCGAUUGCCAAUUGGAUAAUCAAGGGUGCAACGGCGGUUUUGUAAACAUAGGCCUGGAUUGGAUGAUGGGCGAAGGCGUGUGUUUGGAAGAGGUCUACCCUUUCACUGCGGACGGUGACAGUAAAUGCGAAUUCCAGCUUCCGCGAUACGCGAGGAUCAGCGGCUAUGAAACCUUAAAUCCAUAUCAAUCUUGGGCCCACGAUUUUAUCAUCGAAAGAGCCUUGAAGGAUGGCCCCCUACCGGCUGGCUACCCCCAAUCACCCUCUAUCCUCAGGUACUAUGUGCGGGGAGUUUUUGCUCCGAGCAUUAUGUACCAUGAUCAGCCAACAGGACACGCUGUUGUACUCGUCGGACAUUACACACGACCACCCACAGAUUCCUGGAUCAUCCGGAACAGCUGGGGUCCUGAAUGGGGUAUGGAGGGACAUUUUCUGGUGAAAAAAGGAACGAUGGGCAUCGGUUAUGACAUUCAUAAAAUAACAGGUCCGAUCAUACAAAUUUGGCACAGUGAGGAAGGUUCUGAAUCACCCGAGACCCCUCCGUAUGGUGGCGCCGGCUCGUCUAGCUAUCAGCCCGGGGGAUACUACCCCGACUACCCCAAUAUUGGCGGGUUGAGUAUUCACGACAGUAAUUAUUAUCAUUAUCAAUCUUCCAAGCCGACUAAAUGA